AUGUCAAGAGUCAAUAAGAACUGGAAUACUUUGUACUCCUAUAGCCAAGGGAUCAUAUACCUACACUUGAAAAACAAUGACUUGCUACAGCUACGAUUCGACUUGAAUGGCCUGUUUACCGAAGGAAACAAUUUGGAAAAUAAUCAACAAGUGACUACAUUGACACCACCACCAGACAAUUCGACCUUGUUCAUUUUGAAUGAUACCUUAUAUGGCCUAAAGCGAAGCGAUUUCAGUCAAGAUAGCGACAUAUGCGGUGAUGGAAGCUUUUCAAUAAUAAAGUACGACAAUGAUUUGUGGGACAAUGAAAUUGAAUUGGACUUUGACAAAGUGGCCGACUCUUCAUUUUAUCAAUACUCAACUAUCUUGACCAAAGGAGAAUCGUCAGAUUUACUUUACGUAUAUGGUGGAUUAUGCGGACAAACAAACGAGUCAACCAAUAGAUUAGUGUCGGUGAAUAUAACUUCUGGCCAAGUGAAUAAUAUAACCACCUCAACUAAACCACAGCCAUUCUACGGCGCUUCUAAUAUUCUUGCCCCAAAUGUUCAAUCGCAAUUAGUCAUUGGUGGUGAACUGAACAGUGGCUGGUUGAACAUGUACCAGCUAGCGACGUGGGAUUUUGAUUCAGGUUGGUCAUUUAAACAAGUUGACAAGGUUGACGAUACGACUGUUAAUUCACGGACGUUUCCUUUGAUCCUCCCGCUUUUUAAGCCAUUUACAGCCUCAGGCAGUAUCUCUGAUAACUUCCGCCUAGAUCAAGUGUUGAUGAUUGGCGGUGAUAUUGCUGGUGAAGAAAGCACACCAAAAUAUGCUAAAUUACAGAUGGAUAGUAAUUCUUGGAAUUGGAACGUCACAGAGGCGGAUAAUUUUCAACUAGAUGAAGUUUUGGGCGCUGCUACUAUAUUUUCAACAUUGGUGGUUAUUAACUCAACACGAGACCUAAAAGAAAAACGGAUGGUAAGUCAAGGAUACCAAGUUAAUCUAUACGAUGUUGAUACCUUUGAAUCAGUAAGUAACAUUAAGGAAAACACUACACCAUUAGAAUCUACCAGUGAUACCAAUACAAGUCAUAGUUCUAACAACAAGGAAAAGAUUAUCCUAGGAACGGUACUACCGAUCUUCUUUGUGUCCUUAAUCAGUGGGCUUCUCGUUUUCUUCUACAUCUAUAAGCGCAAGAAAUCGAAAUCACAAGAACAAAAUCCAGCUUACAAUGAAAUAGAUUACAAGUUCGAUUACGUUGACCCACCAAGCUCAUUCUCAGGUGAUAAUCAUCACCUAUCGCCACCAUAUGUACAUGACAAUGACUCAAAUUCGACUUUGAGUGGUGCGGCAUCAAUAGAUUCGUGGAUGAAAAAGAGACAGGAUUUUGAUAGGAGUCGAUUGCGUAACAGUUACCUCGCUUCAAACGAUACAUUGCAGACAAUUGAUGAUGAAAUGAGUCAUGCGAGUGCAGAUGACAAAGAAGUGGAAGGAGAAGAAGAGGAGCAGGAAGAGACGGCACAGGUGAAAAGUGUACGACCUAGUUUGGAUCCAAACAACCCAUUUGUACACAAGUCAGUACGUAACUUACAAAAAUCAUUCAGCUUUUCCCACACUCCACCAACUAGUCCAAUAUUGAAGAAGGAGCCACCAAAGCUCAAAAGCAAAAGAUUGACUAAAACCGAGCAUUUAGUGGGCAACGCAUUGAUUGACGAUGGGAGCGAGGGAGAUGGUGAUCUUGCUAAUGAGGUUGUAACACCAAAUAUUGAACGAAGUUCUGAUGUUACAUCCAUUGACGAUAAAAUGGAUGUUCAGGUGUUGGUUAGCAGCAAAAGAAGAUCGAUUUUGAAAAUCAUGAAUCCAGACGAUGCUAAUGAGGAAGGUGAAGAAGCUAGCGACACAGAUAGCCACCAACCUGUACCGUUGGUACAAAAUGGACACCCAGAAGAUACAACGAAUGAAUAUGAAGUCAAUUUAAGCCAAGACAACGCGAAAAGUGAGCAUGGAAAGUACACAGGCCUUAGGCAGAGGGUACCAUCAGGUUCAAAGGAAUAG